GCGGCUUCGGACGCCGUGCGGCGGGAGUUGCGCGCGUUCCCGGCCGCUGCAAGGGAGCUCAGCGUGCCUCUUGCUGUUCCCUGUCUGGACGAGCCCCCCACUCCGCUCCACUUCUGCCGGGACUGGGUCUGCCCCAACAGGCCCUGCAUCAUCCGCAAUGCCCUUCAGCACUGGCCGGCCCUCCAGAAGUGGUCCCUCCCCUACCUCAGAGCUACAGUGGGCGCCGCCGAGGUGAGCGUGGCCGUGACCCCAGAUGGUUAUGCGGAUGCCGUGCGAGGGGACCGCUUCGUGAUGCCUGCAGAGUGCCGCCUGCCCCUGAGCCGUGUGCUGGAUGUUCUGGAGGGCCAGGCCCAACACCCGGGAGUCCUCUAUGUGCAGAAGCAGUGCUCCAACCUGCCCACUGAGCUGCCCCAGCUGCUUCCUGAUCUGGAGCCCCAUGUACCCUGGGCCUCUGAGGCCCUGGGAAAGAUGCCUGAUGCUGUGAACUUCUGGCUGGGAGAGGCGGCCGCAGUGACAUCUUUGCACAAGGACCACUAUGAGAAUCUCUACUGUGUGGUCUCAGGAGAGAAGCACUUCUUGCUGCAUCCGCCCAGUGAUCGGCCCUUCAUCCCCUAUGAGCUGUACACGCCAGCGACCUACCAGCUAACUGAGGAGGGCACCUUUAAGAUGGUGGAUGAAGAGGCCAUGGAGAAGGUGCCUUGGAUCCCACUGGACCCCUUGGCUCCAGACUUGGUCCGGUUUCCCAGUUACAGUCAAGCCCAGGCCCUUCGCUGCACGGUGCAGGCUGGUGAGAUGCUUUACCUGCCAUCCCUGUGGUUCCACCACGUCCAGCAAUCCCAUGGCUGCAUUGCAGUGAACUUCUGGUAUGACAUGGAGUAUGACCUCAAGUACAGUUACUUCCAGCUGCUUGACUCUCUCACUAAGGCUUCAGGCCUCGACUGACAGAGCCCUGGCAAACACUGCCCAGCACGACUUAGGGGAAAUAUUGGGCCCCUUCCUGGCCGAGACAGUUCUAGAGACAACCUGGAGUUGGCGUGCUGGCUCCUGGCCCGGGGUCCAGGGUAUUGGAAUCAACUUUGGAGGAUCUUGGGAUGUGGUCGGGAGGACUCAAAGUACCAGGCAGGUCUGGGUGAGGGCUCCCAGGAAGUUGCCACACAGGUGAGGAGGAGGAGCAGGUGUCAGGCGCAGCAGUGCUGUGACUUUGGAUGAGUCACUGCUCUUGGAGCAUAGAUGUCCUUCCUGUCUAUAAAAGAAAGAUAAUAAUGACCCUGCCUUACAGGCUGCUGUGGGGUUGAGGAUGAUAUCUGUAAGGGCCAGCAUGGGACCCGCACAGAGGAAGUAUUCAAUAAAGGGUAGCUGUGA